AAAUUUUAAACUAACGGAAUUAAAUUGGAACUGCUGAGCGUAAAUUUGCUAUGUUAUGCACUUAUAAGGCAGAAACAACACAUACAGGAGUGUCUCUUAAGAGACAUAGGUAACAAUUUUCUAAACUGAACAUUAUAAAAAUGUUUUCUAUCAAUAUUUUAGGCCAAAUGCAUACAGCAUAAAUUAUUUUAUAUCAUUUUAGUUGGAUAGGAUGGUCAGGUUCAUAGAAUUUGAAGCUGAUGAAAUUGAACAAAAUAUUGAUACUCAAUCAGAAGAUGAAUAUUGUAUUAAAAAAAAUGAGAUGAUACUCAAAGGGAAAAUGAAAAUUAAUCAGUUGUUCAACAAAAAGAUAAAUCUUAUGAACAGGACAACAGCGACGUGAGUAUUGGAAAGUGUAUACUUUUGUGAAUAAAAUAUUAUUAUUGAUCUGAGCUAUAGAAUGACAACCACGCGAAUGACCAAUGCCAGGUUGGAAAUAUUGAAUACCAGAGACAAAUACAUUAAAUCAGUGUUGGCCGAUGUUAACAAAGAAUUGUUAAAAAUGCGUAACAACAGAUUAUGUUAUUAUCAAGAAAUUCUUAAACAGUUAAUACUACAGGCAAUGUAUCAAGUUUUAGAACAAGAAGUAAGCUUAAUACUGAUAUCAGACGAUGAGAAAUAUGUGACCUCAAUGAUCCCUGAAUUAAGACAAAUCUAUUUAGCCAAUACGGGAAUAAACGUCAAAAUAAAUAUUGAUAAAAGUAUUAAGUUACCGACUCAGGAAAUAGGAGGCGUCGUGGUCACAGGCAAAAGUCGAAGAUUAAUUGUAGAAAAUACGCUGGUAGUGCGAUUGCUUAAUCUCACCCAACAAGCUAUACCAAUAAUAUGCACUGGAUUGUUUGGACUAAAUCCCACUAGAACUUACUUAAGAGAUACAUAAUUCAAUAUUUAAGAGUAAAAGUAGGAUAAUAUUAUAUCACAGGAAUAAUGUUCUAAUUUUUAAGUAAUA